GAUAGGUAACUUUGGAAGCCAACUUUAAGACGGGAGUUUUUGAUUGGCUACUUUGUUUCUGCGCGUAGCGAUGUCAAAUCCAGUCAUACGAUCUGUCAUCCAACGUUUUGAGGCAAAGAGGGAAGUUGCGAAGAAAAGGAAGGAAAGACAUUAGCAGCAGCUAGAGAGAUUUCUCUGGUGUUGGCCACAAUUAGAAACGCGAAAAUAUUAUUUGUCGAGCGCCCUUGUUGUUUCCCUCUGGAGAAGCAGUGUGUGUGGCAUCUAGGUUAUGGCAAGUCGGGGUGGCGCUUCGAGACCCAAUGGGCCCAAUGCCGGAAACAAGAUCUGCCAGUUCAAGCUGGUGCUGCUCGGGGAGUCAGCCGUGGGCAAGUCCAGCCUGGUGCUCCGCUUCGUCAAAGGACAGUUCCACGAGUUCCAGGAGAGCACUAUAGGAGCCGCCUUCCUCACUCAGACGGUGUGUCUGGAUGACACGACAGUGAAGUUUGAGAUCUGGGACACAGCAGGACAGGAGCGCUACCACAGCCUGGCGCCCAUGUACUACAGAGGGGCACAGGCGGCCAUCGUGGUCUACGACAUCACAAACGAGGAAUCGUUUACACGGGCAAAAAAUUGGGUGAAGGAACUUCAGAGACAAGCCAGUCCCAACAUCGUAAUAGCUCUGGCUGGCAACAAGGCUGACCUGGCCAACAAGAGGACCCUUGACUUCCAGCUUGCACAGACGUACGCAGAUGACAACAGCCUGCUCUUCAUGGAGACCUCAGCAAAGACAUCCAUGAACGUCAACGAAAUCUUCAUGGCCAUUGCGAAAAAGUUGCCCAAGAGUGAACCACAGCAAGCAGGAGCAAGUGCCAGGAGCAACCGAGGGGUGGACCUGACGGAGCAAGCUCAGCCCACGAAAGGACCAUGUUGCAGCAGUAACUAACUACGUUGGACUCCUCUCCUCUUCUCCUCUCCUCUCCUCUCCUCUCGUCCUCUUCUUCUUCUUUGACUCUAUGUAACAUCUAGACAUGGGGCUCAUCUUCCUCCUCCUCCUCCUCCUCUUGCGACCUGUGUCCCCCUGGAUUAGCUAAAGACUCUGUGUAGAUACGUUUCUAAUAACUUUUUUUAUUUUUGAAGGAAAAAAAAAGAAAAGGAAAAAAAAACAAGUAUGAUCAUCAAGAUUAAUAGAUGCAUGUAUCACUACAAACGCCUAAAAAAGACACACACACACACGCACAUGAACAUACAGACAUGCACACAGACCCACACAUAUACAUUUUGUAAACUUCUAAACAAACUAGUAGAAGAGUGUCCAAGUGCAAGACACGUGUAUGCAUACAGAUGUGUCUGUAGUGGAUGUGUGUGUGUUGGGGGGGGGGUGGAUAUGACGGUGGGUAGUUGUCUGAGGACUGAGUUACUACAGGGGGAGGCUUAAUGGGGGUUGUGGGUGUGAAAGGUUCUUUUUUUUUAUUUCUCGGAAAAAAAAGCUUGCCACCAUGAAGAUGAUGAGAGUGUGUGCGGCUCCCUCUCUUCUUCACCCUAGCCCAGCCCACUACUAGCCUCUGGGGCUAUGUCUGUAUUCAGUCAUCCGCAGUAUUGACGCUUACUCUCCUUCUUGACUCCAAGCAUUCCUCCUGAGUCCCUCCCCCCACUCCCACUGCAACCCACUAAACCCCAUCAGCAGCCGCACGCUUUGGUGGUGCUCGGCCCCCUGCAUCGCCAGCCUCCCCUAUAAGAUCAGAAAUCAAAAGCUCAGCGGCAGGGUCUGUUUUGGCAUGAACAUUGCCAAAGAUUUGUUGCCCGACAAGGAGGGAAAAAACAGUAUAGCACAUUACAUCUGCGAAAGGUGUUUGGCGUGUUAAUGUCUUUCCUAUUUUGUCCCCGACUCCUGAGGGAUUUUCCCUUUCGAUUGAUGGAUAUCAUGAUGUGCUUUAGGGUUUUAAAAAAAGCAAAAAACAAAAAAAAAGAUCAUGGACAUCAGAAAAAUACAACAAAAACCAACCCAACUGGUCUGUGUUUUUUAUUAUUAAUAUUAUUCGAAACUUUGUGUUUCAAUUUCUGUCACAUCUGUUUUUAACAUUGCCUUUUCUGCGAUCAGUGUAUGACGACAACAUGAGAGGUUUAGUGUGACGUGUGUAGGAAGGUCUGUGUACAGGGUGCCAUAGCCCAGUGCAAGAUGACCAGUGAGAGCUGCAAUCCCUCAAGCUCAUCCUAAGCGAAAUGAAUAUAUUGUAAAAUAGAGCAAUCCAGUGCAGCCUUUGUCUUUCUUAUUUGUUUAAACGAUGACAGCAGUGCAGACCAAGGGUGGGGUGUUUAGGCAGUCAAAAUAACCAGAUACGAGUUCAUGACCUCUAAUGGUGAAUCUCCAGAUCAUCAGCCUGUCUGUGUGUGUGUGCGUGCCUGUGAGUGUUUGGAAUGGGAUGUGUGUGUGGUGACGUUUCCUGCCACCUUCCGUGCUGUGGGAUACAAGCUGUCUCCAGAGCACAGAGAAGUAUUCCAAGAGCAUGGUUAUAAGUGAUAAACUUGGCCAAGUUAACCAACAGGAAGUGGUGAACCUGCUAGUAGGUACCUCACAUGCCAUUUAGUUAAGACUAUGAGGACUCCAGGCUCUUCAUGAGAGGAUUUCCCAUUACCUCAAGGUUUACUACUGAGACAGGUUUUUGGAAUACUCCCCAGGUUAACUGCAAUUUUAGUGAAGAGUAUGGAGGAGUCAUGAUGAAUCUUUUUUGAUUUUCAUGUCAUACCUUUGCACUGCUAAAAUAUACCCUCGGUUUGUUCUGUGAAACCUAGAGAUUGCAAAUGUACAGUACAGUUUCCCAGAAAUGCUCAACUGUGGAUGUAGAUUUUUGUUUUGUUUCUGUUUUGUUUUUCAUUCGCAAACUGGUCAAAUAAUGUUAAAAGGUGUGUUUUUUUUAAUGUACCUCGUAUUAUUAACGAAUCAUUUUCACAUUUACUCAGUGGUCUGUCUUUGUAGUUCUAUCUUAUCAGUCUGAGAUUUUAUUUUAUUUUUUCUCCUCCCUGAGGACUCUUGGCAAAUUGCACAAAUUCUGAGGCUGGUGACUGCCCGUUUGAUCAAUUUAAAACGCAUAACCAUGGAAGUGCUAACCUACUGCUGAAAAAAAAACACCAAAUGUAGCUGAGUUAUGUGACUGUCAGAAAACCAGAUGGACAAAGUGAUGUAACAACCUUAACAGCGAAGGACUAAUCUAAAAUGGAUUGGCCAGGUACUAGUUAAUAUUUUCAAUAAAGGGGUGAAAUUGUGUACAUUUAA